AUGCACUUAAAGAAGAACUAAAAAAUAAUUAAAGUUGAAAUCGAAAAAGGUCUUCAUCAUUUGUAAGAAAAGAAUCAAUAAAUAGAAUAAUAAACAGCAACUAUUCAAGAAUUAGAACAGAAAAAUCAUGCAUUUAAAGAAGAACUAAAAGUAGAAAGAAGGAAUAAAAAUUAAAAGAAAUAGAAAUAAUUAAAGUUGAAAUAGGAUAAGGUAUCCAUCAUUUGCAAGAAAAGAAUCAAUAAAUCGAAUAGUAAACAGCAACUAUUAAAGAAUUAGAACAGAAAAAUCAUGCAUUUAAAGAAGAACUAAAGUAGAAAGAAGAAUAAAAAUUAAAAGAAAUAGAAAUAAUUAAAGUUGAAAUCGAAAAAGGUGUCCAUCAUUUGCAAGAAAAGAAUCAAUAAAUCGAAUAGUAAACAGCAACUAUUCAAGAAUUUAGAACAGAAAAAUCAUGCACUUAAAGAAGAACUAAAGUAGAAAGAAGAAUAAAAUUUAAAAGAAAUAGAAAUAAUUAAAGUUGAAAUCGAAAAAGGUCUCCAACAUUUGCAAGAAAAGAAUCAAUAAAUCGAAUAGUAAACAGCAACUAUUAAAGAAUUAGAACAGAAAAAUCAUACACUUAAAGAAGAACUAAAGUAGAAAGAAGAAUAAAAAUUAAAAGAAAUAGAAAUAAUUAAAGUUGAAAUCCAAAAAGGUCUCCAACAUUUGCAAGAAAAGAAUCAAUAAAUCGAAUAGUAAACAGCAACUAUUCAAGAAUUAGAAUAGAAAAAUCAUGCCCUUUAAGAAGAACUAAAGUAGAAAGAAGAAUAAAAAUUAAAAGAAAUAGAAAUAAUUAAAGUUGAAAUAGGAUAAGGUGUCCAUCAUUUGCAAGAAAAGAAUCAAUAAAUCGAAUAAAAAAUCAUGCACUUAAAGAAGAACUAAAGUAGAAAGAAGAAUAAAAUUUAAAAGAAAUAGAAAUAAUUAAAGUUGAAAUAGGAUAAGGUGUCCAUCAUUUGCAAGAAAAGAAUCAAUAAAUCGAAUAGUAAACAGCAACUAUUCAAGAAUUAGAACAGAAAAAUCAUGCCCUUUAAGAAGAACUAAAGUAGAAAGAAGAAUAAAAAUUAAAAGAAAUAGAAAUAAUUAAAGUUGAAAUAGGAUAAAGGUGUCCAUCAUUUGCAAGAAAAGAAUCAAUAAAUCGAAUAAAAAACAGCAACUAUUCAAGAAUUAGAAUAGAAAAAUCAUGCCCUUUAAGAAGAACUAAAGUAGAAAGAAGAAUACAAAUUAAAAGAAAUAGAAAUAAUUAAAGUUGAAAUCGAAAAAAGUGUCGGUCAUUUGUUUGAAAAAAAUUAAUUAAUUGAAUAAUAAUAAGAAACUAUUAAAGAUCUGAAAUUUCAAAUUGUAUAAUUAUCUACUGACUAAUAAUAAAUUCAAUCUACUAAUUUAGAUUAAUUAGAAUCUUUAAAUUUAUAACUAAAUUAAAUGCACUCGAUUUUAUCUGAAAAAAAUUAAACCAUUUUAGAUUUUGAAUAAUAACUCUAAUAACAGAACAUACAAUUAGAAUAAUUACUUAAUAAUACUUACAUUUAAAGUUAAGAAUAGACAAUUUCUUAGCUACUUUAGGACAUUACAUCUUUAAAGUUAUAAAUUGAAUAGUAGGAUGAUAAUUAAAAGGUUUAUGAAUAGAUUUUGAAUAAGCAAAUUGAAAAAUUAAAACAAAAUAAUCUUACUCAAUAAACUUAAAUACUAUCUUUAACUUAAGAUAAAGAAAAACUACAAUCAAUUUGUUCUUAAUUAAAAUAAAUUGAAUCAAUACUAUAAGAUGAAUUACAUAAAAUGUAAGAUAAAAUAGAUGAAUUAUGCAUUGAACUUGACAAAGUAUAAUAACCAUCUACUCGAUCAUCUUCAAUCACAUCUUAAAAUAAAACUUUGAUAUAUGAAUAGUUCUUUCACUUAACCUCUCAAUCAGUUCAGAUGAAUUCAAAUCAUUAAAAUGCAUUCGAUGUUAAAUUAAAAUCAUAUUACUCCGAAGUUGUAAGUUAAGGUAUACCUUUUCAUAAAUGGUCAAAAUGGCUUGAAGACAAAUUAAAAGAAGAAUUAAAUAAACAUUAAAGAUGA